UGGCCGAACCCAACCGAAGACGGAGCAGCAGUAGAGUCCUUUACUCCUCGUCUUCGUCUUCCGCAUCGCAAUCCUCGCCUCGCCCGCCCAUCUUUAUUUACCCGCCGGCCAGAUUUCCAAAUCAAGCGAGGCGACGAGGACGAGCAGUUGGGGGAUCGCCGCACCCGGAAAAGCUAGAGGCGUGGACCCGGGCAGGGGGCAGGGAUGGCCAUGGACCACGCCGCGGCGGAGGCGGACCACCUCGCCGCCGAGAGGGCCGCGGCGCGCUUCGACGUCGAGGCGAUGAAGGUCGCGUGGGCCGGCUCGCGGCACGCCGUCGACGUCGCCGACCGCAUGGCUCGGCUCGUCGCGUCCGACCCUGUCUUCCGCAAGGAUAACAGGACCAUGCUCUCCAGGAAGGACUUGUUCAAGGACACUCUAAGAAAAGCAGCCCAUGCGUGGAAGCGCAUUGUCGAGCUACGUCUUACAGAGGAGGAAGCAGGUCUGCUGAGGCAAUACGUCGAUCAGCCUGGUUAUGUUGAUCUGCAUUGGGGCAUGUUUGUUCCUGCUAUAAAAGGGCAAGGAACUGAGGAGCAGCAGAAGAAGUGGUUACCUCUGGCUUACAAGUUCCAAAUAAUUGGGUGCUAUGCUCAGACUGAACUUGGUCAUGGCUCGAACGUUCAGGGCCUUGAAACAACCGCUACAUUUGAUCCAAACACAGAUGAAUUUGUCAUCCACAGUCCAACUCUGACCUCCAGCAAAUGGUGGCCUGGUGGCUUGGGGAAAGCUUCCACUCAUGCAGUCGUGUACGCUCGGUUGAUAACUGAAGGAAAGGACUACGGCAUACAUGGUUUCAUUGUGCAACUGCGAAGCUUGGAGGAUCACUCCCCGCUUCCUGGUGUUACCCUUGGUGAUAUUGGUGGGAAAUUUGGUAGUGGUGCAUAUAACAGUAUGGACAAUGGUGUUCUGCGAUUUGACCAUGUGCGCAUCCCAAGGGAUCAAAUGUUGAUGAGACUUUCACAAGUUACAAGGGAGGGGAAAUAUGUUCAUUCAGAUGUUCCAAAGCAGCUGCUUUAUGGGACAAUGGUUUAUGUUCGUCAAUCAAUUGUGGCAGAUGCUUCUAAGGCUUUGUCCCGUGCUGUUUGCAUUGCUGUACGAUACAGUGCCAUUCGAAAGCAGUUUGGCUCUCAAGAUGGUGGCCCUGAGACUCAGGUUCUUAAUUACAGGACUCAACAAAGCAGACUCUUUCCAUUGCUGGCUUCAGCAUAUGCAUUCAGAUUUGUGGGUGAUUGGCUCAAGUGGUUAUACACGGAUGUCACUCAGAAACUGGAAGCUAAAGAUUACUCAACACUGCAAGAAGCUCAUGCCUGUACUGCUGGUUUGAAGGCUGUGACUACAUCUGCAACAGCUGAUGCAAUUGAAGAAUGCAGAAAGCUCUGUGGUGGACAUGGUUACUUGAACAGCAGUGGGCUUCCUGAAUUGUUUGCUGUCUAUGUUCCUGCUUGCACUUAUGAAGGAGACAAUGUUGUUCUGCUUUUGCAGGUUGCAAGGAUUCUAACGAAAACUGUUUCUCAAUUGACCUCUGGAAAACAGCCUGUUGGUACAAUGGCUUACAUGGGCAAUGUACAACAUCUGAUGCAAUCCAAAUGCGCUGUCAAAACAGCUGAAGAUUGGCUUAACCCUGCUUUCAUACAAGAGGCAUUUGAAGCUAGGGCUCUCAGGAUGGUGGUAAACUGUGCCCAGAACAUAGGCCAAGCGGCAAACCAAGAAGAAGGUUUCUAUGAGCGGUCCCCAGAUUUGCUUGAGGCUGCGGUAGCUCACAUCCAGUUGAUCAUUGUAACCAAGUUCAUCGAGAAGGUGCAGCAGGACAUCCCUGGACAUGGAGUGAAGGAACAGCUCCAGAACCUCUGCAAUGUUUAUGCCCUCUACAUUCUUCACAAGCACCUGGGUGACUUCCUGGCAACCGGGUGCAUCACACCCAAGCAGGGAGCGCUGGCAAACGAGCAGCUGGGCAAGCUUUACACACAGGUGCGUCCGAAUGCUGUUGCACUGGUGGACGCGUUCAACUACACGGACCACUUCCUGGGGUCGGUGCUGGGGCGGUACGACGGGAAUGUGUACCCGGCGCUGUACGAGGAGGCAUGGAAGGAUCCCCUGAACGAGACGGUGGUGCCCGAGGGGUACCACGAGUACCUCCGCCCCUUGCUCAAGCAGCAGCUCAAGCUCUCCAGGCUCUGAUCUGACCGGACACCUCCAGGAAUUCACCAUGGUGGUGGUGUCCUCGGAGAAUCCAGCACCCCCUCCUCUGAACGGAUGAAUUAACGGGUGAAAUGAGCAAUUCUAUUCUUUGUCAAAGCCACGAAAGAGGCAUAUAUAUAAAUAUACAUGUAAUACCUUGAGUGCGGAUCAUAUCAGAGGUACAUUCGAUCAAUAAAGAGAAGCGGGAGUUUGAGCAUAUCUACUCUGUUGCUAAGUAUUGUACGUAGUGUGAUAGGUAGAAUAAUAUGUAUAUGGACAAGUGCGUGUAGUUGAUGAAGUUCCAUUUAUUUGCUGGUA